AUCAACUAACAUGGUGAAGGUUCGGUUGUGUCUGCAUGGUAGUGCUUGUUGUUAGCAACUGUCUUGAUGUGGCUGCAGUCUGUUGUUAACCUGUUCAUCACUGAAAUCAAGAGCUAUUUACAAUGAUGGAUGCUGAGACCACAGCUAUUCAGAAAAUAAAAAGUAAUGGUAACAGACCUGAGGACUGGCUAGAGUUUUUGGCUCCAAGACAAUCAAGACUGGCAGCAGAUCUUACAGAUGAGAACUGUAGGCACUUGUUGUACCUCUACGAAAGAGCUGUUAGUCAAAUCCCAGCAGAAGAAAAUAAGAAAAACAUCUCCUAUGCUCGUAUUCUUGUGAAUUUUGCAAAACUGCAAAUGAAAAUAUCAGAAGAUGAUGCUCGAAGCUCGUUCCAGUUGGCACGAAACAAUGCAAAACACUUUGCUAUUGUUUUUGUUGCAUGGGCACAGUUUGAGCUUUUAACAGGAAACAGAAGCAAAUGCAGAAGCCUGCUACGGAAAGGAAAAGAUUCUGGUGCAGAACCUAAGGAGUUGCUUUUAAAAGCUUAUGAUAACUUUGUAGCAGGGAGGAAGGUGCUGCUUGAGGAGUCUGAGGAACUGACAGGUUUUACACAUUACAGAGCCAACCAGAAGAGUAGUGAAUCAUCAGUAGAUAUGUCACCUUUGAGUACAGGAGAUGAAAGUUCAACAUGCAGUUCCACACAGCUCACAGAUGCUGGCACAGCAAAAGUUUCUGACAAUACCAGUGCUGUGAUUUCAUUCAAAUUACCAAGUGUUCUGGAGAGUUGUGGCAAGAAACCUCUCAGUUUCAGAAAAAGUAACAGCAGCAGUAGCAGCGAUGAGGCCGACAGCAUCCCUUUUCAGUCAUCCACCUACAGGCAGCAUGGGAGCAUGUCCACCCAGAAACCGUCUGUGAAAUCUACUCCUGACUUCAAAUCAGGUACUGACAGUCUUGCGGGAUGUAUGAAUCUAUCAGUUCGCCGCCCUAAGGCAAGACGCGGUGGAGGAGGUUUAGGAAUAAACUUUGGUCUUCCAAUGAGAGUGAAGAGACCCCUACCAGCAUUGAGUGAACCUGGUGAUGAGUUGAACGGUAUAACUGAACUGGACUGUACUGUGGAGGUGCCUCAACAGAAUUGUGAACUUGAGGCAGCUCCCAGUAACCAGAUACAUGGAUUUCAUCUGGCGAGAAGCAGUGUUCAUUCUGCGUCCUCAAGUUCACAGAAAGACACGGGUGGGGAACAGAACCUUCCAUCUGCUUGUGGAUUUCAGAAAGAAACAUCGGGUGAACAAUCUGAAGAUUGUUUCAGGAAUAACACAGUGGAAACACAGGGGAUUUUUGCGCCGCAAGCACUAGAAAACCUACCGUAUAACAAGCAGCCAGCAGGAUCUCAUUCAUUUACUACAAACCCUCAGCCAGCGAUGCUGAAUAACAGCAGCAAUCAGCGGCAAGGAGAUGUGUCCAACUCAGGUCACCAGCCCAUGCUUCAUCAAAUACCAACGCUGCAAGGUUUGUCAUCUGAGUCAAACCAAGGUAUUAAUAGCUCAGUCACCAUUCGUCACCAAAGUACUAAUUCAGUUGCACAAUCCACUGUAACAAGUGGCUCUCUGUCGCAACACAGUACUGCACGAGUUAAUCACAGUGGCCCAUUACACUCGAUGCCUGGUCAGCUCUUAGGUGCUAGUCAUGCCUCAGGCUACCCCCAAGAAAUGCAGUUCUCAAGGCCAGCAGCCGUCCCUGUCCAGUCUUCGCAGGAAACAAUCAUGGUGAAAGGCAAAGUGUACCAGAGACUAGGAACUAUUGGUAAAGGCGGCUCCAGUAAGGUCUUCCAAGCCUUCGACGGGAAAAGAAUAUGUGCUAUAAAGUACGUGAAUUUAGAAGAGGCCGAUGAUUUCAUUGUUCGCAGCUAUAUCAACGAGGUGCAAUUGUUGGAAAGAUUGCAGGGCAAUGAUAACAUAAUUAAAUUAUUUGACUGGGAACUGAGCCAAGAAAGGAGUUCCCUAAUUUUGGUGAUGGAAUGCGGAAGUAUUGACUUGGCGGGCUUCUUGAGAAAGAAUCGCACAAAGAUUACCGAGAGUGAGCUUCAGGUAUUUUGGCGACAGAUGCUGGAAGCUGUUCACGUGAUUCACGAGGCACGCAUCAUUCACAGAGACCUAAAGCCUGCCAACUUCUUGUUGGUCGAAGGACGCCUAAAACUUAUCGAUUUCGGGAUUGCCAAUUCUCUUCAAGGAGAUAAAACAAGUGUUGAACUUGAAACACAGGUUGGGACAUUAAACUUUAUGUCUCCAGAAGCUUUUCAAGAUAUCUCUCACGCGCCUCGGUUUGACAGUGCGGGAAAUGCAAAACCCAGAAUGAAGAUCGGCCGACCAAGCGAUGUUUGGUCUUUAGGCUGUAUCCUCCACAUGAUGGUGUAUGGUAGGACUCCUUUCCAACACAUAACUAAUCAUAUCAUCAAGUUGCAAUGUAUCAUGGAUCCUUCACACGUCAUCGAGUUUCCGGAGAUCAAAGACAAGAACUUGCUUGAUGUCAUGAAGGGCUGUCUUCUCCGGAAUCCCAAGGAGCGCUAUACCAUCCCUCAGUUGUUGGCUCACCCUUACAUAAAUCCUCCAUCUCAUGAUCCCCCGGUGGAAAUUGAGGACGAAGACAAAAUGUUCCACGUCCUGAUGGAGUUCGCAAAGGCUGAUGUCAACUCUCCCCGCUCGGUGCGGGCUCUUAGUAAGACUUUCUACAAACAGCUGCUCACUGGUAAAAAGGUGAGCCUGUCAUCUGCCGCACCCCGACCCUCGGUUCCGGUGAAUUCUCAGAUGGAGCUUCCGCCUCGUCAAGUCCUGGAGCCUGUUAAUCGUAAGCCCUUGGUGGGAAUCGAUGUGAAGGCGUUGAAUCAGGCUCAGAGGGCGCUGAAACCCCCACAUGCUUCGGGAAGUGCCAAAUAUAUGAAAGAAAAUGAUAGAGAUCAGGAUAAGGAAAACCCGGAUCUCAAUGGACUCUUAAAGCAUGAGCUCUUAGAGAAAUACAAGAACGCACAUCCUCGUAACACCUCUGAGUUUUCAUUUGAACAAACCUGGAACACAACGUAUGAGAAUCCUGGCUGAUAAGGAUCCCUGAAAUUCUUACCACACACAAACAAC